GUGGAAGCAGCAAAGCCUCUAUCAGACUCCCUGAGGACGACAGCUCUGACAAGGCUCUUCUUCUUUUGAUCACACUGGAUUGUAUAUGACUUUGAGUCUUUUCAAAAAGCUGUUUGCCUUAAAUGGAAGCCGAGGUUUGAUCUUGUCAAAGUAUGGGAAUAGGCAGCUCCUUUGCGCCAAGAUCUGAUCAAAUCUUUACCAUAAGAGUGUGCUUGGCACCGAGGCAGAACCUCCCACGGAUCAUCCUCAAAGGAAUCUUCCAGGGGGUCAAAGUGGUUCGUGGACCUGACUGGGACUGGGGCAACCAAGACGGCGGGGAGGGUAAGGUUGGGAAGGUAGUGGACAUUCGCGGCUGGGACACGGAGUCCGGUCGCAGCGUGGCCAGCGUCACCUGGUCUAAUGGCACCACCAAUGUCUACCGAAUGGGCCACAAAGGAAAAGUGGACCUCAAAUACGUUUCUGAUGGUCAAGGAGGAUUCUAUUACAAAGAACACCUACCAAGGCUCGGAGAGCAUGCAGAGCUGCAACGCCAGGAGAGCGCUGACGGCCACUCCUUCCAGCAGGGCGACAAGGUCAAAUGUCUCUUGGAGAUGGAAAUCCUACGACAGAUGCAGGAGGGCCAUGGAGGGUGGAACCCCAAAAUGGCAGAGUACAUUUGCCGGAUCGGGACUAUUCACAGAAUUACUGACAGAGGCGAUGUCAGAGUCCAGUACAGCAACAACAUCCGCUGGACUUUCCAUCCUGGGGCCCUCACCAAGGUGAACACUUUUGGAGUUGGCGAACUAGUAAAAGUAUUGGAGGACAUCGACAGUGUGAAGAGACUACAGGCUGGCCAUGGAGAGUGGACAGACAGCAUGGCUCCUGUGCUCGGCCAUGCCGGGAAGGUGUUGAAAGUAUAUGCGGAUGGUGACCUUCGGGUGGCAUUCGGAGGCCAGACGUGGACCUUCAACCCAGCGUGCCUCACGGGCCAGACGGUGGAGGUGGACGCCAACCUCAUGACGGCCGAGAACCCCAACGAAUCUGGAAGUACAGUCAUAUCGGUGUUGGAGAAGCUGCUCUCUCAGUCCACGGAGCAGGACAAUCCCAGCCGGCUGGUCAUCGAGGCAGCGCACGGCAGUGCCAACAAAGUGCGGGAGUUGGUGCAGAAAUAUCCCGACAAGGUGGAUAUAAAGAACCAGGGCAAGACUGCACUGCAGGUGGCUGCUCACCAAGGACACAUGGAGGUGGUGAAGGCCCUGCUGCAGGCCAACAGCUCCAUCGAGGUUAAGGAUGAAGAUGGAGACACAGCAUUGCACUACACUGCCUUUGGUAACCAGGCAGAUAUCACCCGGCUGCUGUUGAGCAAGGGGGCAAAUGUCAACCUCCUGAACAACUCCAUGUGCACGGCCCUCCACAUAUCUGUCAACAAGGGCUUCACAGACGUGGUGCGAGUGCUGACCGAACACUCUGCUGAUGUCAAUCUCCAGGAUUCAUAUGGGGACACACCGCUCCAUGACGCCAUCGCUAAAGAUUUCCGCAAUAUCAUUGAGAUCCUGGUCUUGGUGCCCAACAUUGACUUCACACAGCAGAACCAUCGAGGCUUCAACCUGCUGCACCACGCUGCCCUCAAAGGAAACAAACUGUGAGUAGAGCAUAUGUCCAAUGGCCUGAAUCUC